AUGCCAUAUUGUUAUUGCUUUGACACGUUAGUCAAAUUGUUGAAGAGUAAGCCUUCCAACUCUUCAAAGAAUCCUACUCCAAGUUUACCAUCGGGAUGUAUGAAACGAAUCUUUUCACAUGUUGAUUCAAAAGAAGAAUUGUUUUCUUGCCUUCUCGUAAAUAAAUAUUGGUGUAAAAAUGUUUUACCUUUGUUAUGGUCGAAUCCAUUUAAAGGUUUAGAAUCUUCCAAAGAUUAUUUUAAAUUGAUAAGAAUGUACCUUGCUUGUCUCGAUCAUAAUGAAUUGAAUUUCUUGAAUUCUCAUUUAAAGCAUUAUAACAUGUCCCUUUCAAUUCCCGUAAAACCUUUAUUCGAUUACACUUCAUUCCUGGAAGAAUUUUCUUAUAAACGAUUGGAAUUGGGCGUUUCAUUUUUCCUUCGUGAAUGGCAUAAUAGAGAUCAUAACAUCGAUUUUAAGGAGGAGAUCAUCUAUUAUUUAUCUUCGUCAAUUUAUAAACUUUUUAUAAGUCAGGCCGGAAAUUUAAGAUCCUUCAAGAUCGAUCAACACUUUCGUCGGUUAGAUAUUCCAGACAUUCUAACCUCGUCUAGAACUCAAUCUAUAAUCAUCUUAUCGAAUCUCACCAAAUUUCAAAUUGAUUGUAAGAAACCCAUCAGUGAUAAUUUAAAUAAUUUCCUCGGGAUCAUGCCAAAAUUUUGUACCAGGAUCACGUCAAUGGAAAUUAAAAUUUCCACCUUUGAAUAUAAAUUUAACAUCAUUCAAUCAAUUGGGAACAUCAUUAAGGAACAGUCAUGUUUAGAGGAGUUUGGCAUAACUGGACAUCAUUGCGUUGAAGAUUUAAUGCCAUCCUUACUUUCAAAGACCGAAACCCUGACCAUCGUCAAAUUCGAGAAUGUUCAUUUCACCGAAUGUUCUUUAAGUUCAUUGGCGAAAUUUAAAAAUUUAAAUUAUUUGAAAAUUUGGUAUUGUUCUGGUUUGGGUUCAACCUCUUGUAAAAUCCUAUUGUGUGGGGAAUUUCCAAAUUUAACCAGGUUACAACUGGGUUCGGAUGAUCAGGACCUUACUUUGGCCUUUCUGGAUAAAAUUGGGAAUUCGUUGAAACAACUGGGAUUAAAUGUUAUCACAGCCGAAACGGUUCAUGCAAUCUUGACAUGUUGUGAGGAUUUACUUGAUUUACAAAUUGUUGACUCUUAUUAUCCGUGGGAAAAUCCUUGGCUAUUUAAGUUAUUUCAUGGAUUAAAAAGGUUAGAAAAUCUGAGCAUUUCAAUUAGCCAACAACAACAACAGCACUAUAAAAAGAUGAUUCAACGUCCACGAAUUGACGCUUACGAUUUACCCGAUACCCUGAGAUAUCUAAAAUUAGAAUGUGACCUACCCAUUCAACAACUUAAAAGAUUUUUGAACUUGCAUAAUGAAGAAGCAACCCCUCAAUUAUCCACCUUGAUUAUUAAUGAUUCGAACUUUAAUUAUUCUCAUAUGGAAUUAAUUAGUGAGUUUGUUAAAAAGAGUGGAACUUUAAAAGUUUUGGGAAUUGGAGGACAAGCAAAAUUGAGUUGGAGGACUUUAAGAGAACUUAAAAUCUUGAGAGAUAAAUAUGGGUUGCACCUGAUUCCAAAAAAGGAAUUGUGUCAAUACUAG